AUGGAUUAUUUACGGAACCUUGGCUCAGCAGCAGUGUCAACUUUGGUGCAAAAGUCCGGACUAAAUCUCCCUUUCUCUUUGGGUCCAAAGGUUGCUUCGUUGGAUGGAAUAUGUAGUUUAUAUGACGGCACAAAAAGAGAUGAUUCCAGUCCGAUUUCCGUUUUUGAAUACGAUUUCAGCCAGCGCAGGGAUCUUGCUCCGUUGGCCAAGAACUCACUUCGCAAGCUCCGAACAAUUCGUCACCCGGAUGUCCUGAAGUUUAUGGACGUGGUAGAAUCAGACACAACGAUAGUGAUCAUGACAGAACGCGUUCGACCUUUAGAUGCCGCGCUUCAAGCUUGGACUUCCAAGGGCGUUCAAGAGAAGGAAGACUGGAUCUUGUGGGGUUUGCACAGAAUAUCUGUUGCCCUCGCAUUUAUCAAUGAGUCUUGCGCCUCAACUCACGGCGCAAUUCGAACAAAGGCUGUAUUUCUAUCGCUUUCAGGAGAAUGGAAGUUGGGUGGAUUUGAAGUACUCAGUAAUCCGAAGGAUGAUGCUUCUGUUCUCUAUACUUUGGGAAGUCUUCUACCUGACAAUAUGAGUUGGGCACCGCCAGAAGUCAAGAAGGAAGGGUGGUCAUCGCUUAAGAAAGGGGAACCGCCCGCAGCAGACGCGUAUGCGCUAGGACUAUUGCUCAAUGCUACUUUCAAUCCUGACCACCACCCGCCAGCAACAGCUUCACCGCCUCAUCCACCUCCCACUGCCGCCGCUAGAGGUAACAUACCAAACGCCGUAUUUUCCUUGUACAAGAGACUUUUGAAUCCCAAUGCGAAGGGGCGUUUGACCGCGAAAGGCUUUCUCGAGAUUGGAAUGGCCGAGUCAGGUUUCUUUGCCAGCAAUCGUUUAGUCAAAGUAUGUCUCGGACUGGACAAUUUUGCAUUAGCUAGUGAAGCAGAGAAGAUGAUUCUACUCCGGACUCUUCAUGAAUCUGUGGACUCAUUUCCUUCUGAAUUUGCCACGGACCGCGUCCUACCAUCUUUAGUUUCUGCAUUAGAGUAUGGUGGUGCCUCAGCUGCGACAAUCGUUCCUCUAGUUCUUCGUUUAGGCAAAAAUGUACCAGAUAGCAAAUACAGCGACGCAAUUAUCGCGCCGGUGAUUAAACUCUUUGCCAGCCCCGAUCGUGGUAUACGCAUGGCAUUACUCGACCAUCUGCCAGAGUAUGCGGAUAAAUUGGACAAGAAGACUGUGGAUGGAAAGAUAUUCCCUCAUCUGCAAACUGGGUUUUCUGAUACGGUGGCCGUCAUACGGGAAGCGACAGUAAAGUCAAUCAGUUUGAUAGCUCCAAAGUUGAGUGACCGCAAUCUUAACAACGAUCUACUACGAUUUCUCGCCAAAAUGCAGCAAGACCCAGAGGCUUCCAUACGAACGAAUACAUGUAUUCUGAUAGGUCGUCUGGGGCCGACACUGGGUUACAAUACGAAAAAGAAAGUUCUAGUUCCAGCCUUUCUGCGAGCAUUGAAAGAUCCAUUUGUUCAUGCCCGUGUGGCUGGCUUGAUGGCGUUCAUGGCCACUAUCGAUUGCUUCGACGUCGAGGACCUUGCGACUAAGGUUAUACCCAAUAUGUCCUUUGCGUUAGUAGAUAAAGAAAAGCUCGUCAGAGAUCAGGCCUUCAAGACCAUGGAAUUAUUCACUAAGAAGCUCGAGAGCUAUGCCGCUACAAUGCCCGAAACUGCAGCACCCAAUCCAUUCGACCAAUUUACAGAUCCAGUUGCGGCUACUUCUCAAGGCACGUUGGUCACGUCUGCCGCUGGUGCUGCUGGGGCGUUAGCAGGAUGGGCAAUGUCUUCCAUUGGGAAACGACUUGCCCCCUCAGACAUGCAAACCACAAUGGCUUCUUCCACUGGAACUGGCAUUGAUCGUCCUACUUCUGCUCCCCCACCAGCAGAAGAUAGUCGAAUCGGAAACCUGAAACCAAGUCCAUUAUUGACCUCCAUGUCAGCAGCAAAUUCGACUGCAACUUCUCCAGCACUUCCGAUUCGCUCAAAUUUCCAGUCGAGUUCUAAAUUGAAGGGAAUGCAGCUGGGUGCAAGUAAAGUUCCUUCGAGUAUUGCCGCGGCACUGGCAGAACAGUUGGCAGAGGAAGUUGCUGCUGAAGAUGGAGUCGAUGUAUCGAAUCCGUGGGGAGAUGACGACCUGAUGGAUGUAAAUGCUGAUGAAGGCGACUGGAGUAAGUACCAACAGGAACGAAUUUCAUUUGCUAACAAUGAAUUCAUAUAA